CUCAGUGACAGGUGUUUGUUCGACAGGGAAGUUCUCUGUUACACACUGCUCUACACUUUUAUGAUCAGGCCGAUUUCUAGGUAGUAUUUUGUGUACAACGGUGUUGGCAUAUUGCCAUGGUGACUCAGCGAAACAAAAGAUGAUACAGACUGGGAAUGUCAAAGCCUGGAAUAGGCUUCUCAUAUUUGCAGUCUUGGUCCUCUUCGCUAUCAACACAUGGCUUGUCAAAACUCUGCUGAGUAUUACCACGGAUGUAGAAUUGCUUGGAGCUGGAACUGGCAGAGAACCUUUGAAGAACAAUCAUGCAAAUAAACAGGUUCAAAUCUUGCUUCAAGACUCCAAGCCCCAACUGUGUGCAAGCUCUAUUAACAUUAAUAAGGAUAAAGCCAUUGUACUGGGGAACCGGGAACCAACUAAAGACUUUCUAACGAUAGCUAUACCAACUGUCAAGCGUGACCAAAAGGACUACCUUCAACAAACGUUAGACUCGCUCAUUGAAAACUCUACCCCAGAGGAGCGUUCCAUCAUCACCGUGGUGAUAUUUGCUGCCAACUUUGAUGACGAGCUCAACAAACUCCUGAAGAUAGACUUGGAGUCAUCUUACCGCAAAUACUUCUCUAAUGGAUUCAUGCAACUGAUUGUCGCGCCGCGAUCUUUUUAUCCACCCUUGAACAAUCUCAAACAGAAUUUUGGUGAUUCUGAGGAUCGCGUUAAAUGGAGGGCAAAACAAGUAGUUGACUAUGCUUUUUUGUUCAGCUAUUGCCAUGAUCUCUCGGAAUAUUACCUCCAGCUUGAGGACGAUGUUGUCUCAUCACCAAACUUUGUCCAAUCCAUCCGAGGAUUUCUUGAAAUCAAUAAACAAAAGCAGUGGAAAACGCUGGAGUUUUCAGAACUUGGCUUUAUCGGGAAGCUUGUGCGGUCCACUGAUCUGCUGCGUCUAGCACAAUUUAUGCUGUUCUUCUAUGAGGAACAGCCUGUAGACUUCUUGCAAAAGUAUUACAAUCUACUGAAUGCUCAAGAAGGGAUGUUCAGACAUGCUCCGUCCAUUUUCCAGCAUGUUGGGGUACAAUCCUCCCUCAGAAAUAAGGAGCAGGAGCUGGUUGAUCGAUUCUUUGAGGAAAACAGCGGCAAGAAGUACCAGAGUGACAACCCACCAGCUGUGUUGUACAGCAGCAUGGAAGCCUUCAGCAUGUAUGUACCCCAACUAGCCUAUAGCUCAAAGCCUGGCUACUUCUGGGGUAAGACACCCAUUAUGGGUGAUACCCUACUCCUGGUCUUUGAGACACCCGUUCGUCUUUCCAGGGUUGUGAUAUUAAGUGGUUCAGACACCUACCCCGAGGAUAUCCUGCGAGCAGGGAAGGUUGAAGUAAGCCCAGUGGUACUGACAAUAAGUCUGGACUCCACACCGAGGUGCACAGACUACCAAUUCAUAGGGGAGUUUAACGAAGGGAAAUUCAAUGAGAGGAAUUUGGACCAAAAGAUUGACUCCCCAGUCAAGUGUAUUCAGGUAAAGGUGACCAAAAGUCAACAGUCUUGGCUACUGGUCAAGGAGAUUGCUGUGUGGGUCCACAGAUGAAACUUUGGUCCAAGUUAAUCAUAUGUGAAUCUAGACAAUAAUUUACUCAUUGGAUGAAGCACGAUUAAAAUAAAUAUACGUCACACUAUGUAGUGCAAUUUGUGAGAUUUUAUAUUUUUCCAUCUUUAACAACAGUACCUGUAGAAAAAGGGUUUAUGAGUGGGGGUAGGUAGAAGGCUUUGUGGGUGAGAUCACAUAUGGGCUUAUGUGGAAUGGUAUUCCAUCCAGACACAAAACAUACACAUUUAAAGUGAAUAGAAAAUAAACUUCAUUCAUUCAAACUGCUCUUGGCUUUUAAUCCAAUUAUAUUUUCAAACUUGAACCAUUUGGCAAAUGAGUAAUCGGAUGUAAUUAUGGCCUUAUAUAGAUUUUCAAAAUAAAGUUCAGCAAUCAAAUAUAAAAUACUUUGUCUUUCAAGUUGAUGUAAUAAUUAUAUUAUGUAUACAUGCAAACGUUAUUCAUAUCAAAAAUUGUUUAACUUAAACAGUUACAUUUGUGCGUAAAAUACAAUAAUACUGUACUCUUUCCAUUCUGGCACCAAUUUAAAAGGAAAUACUAUAAUGUGUAACAUAUUGCAUCUUUCACGGUAGCACUUAUUUUAUUACGAAGAGUGUUUAAAGGGUUUUGGGAACUUUUUGUUGGACAUAAAACGCAAUGUCCAUAGAUUACACUAAACUUCAGACUUUGAAGAUAAUGAUGGUAGAAAGCUUCCCAUAAAAUGUUACUUGCUGAGGUGUUGUAGUU